GCAUCUUUGCUUACCUGAACUACCAUGUUCCCCGGACAAGACGGGAAAUCCUGGACACCCUUAUCAAAGGGCUCCAGCGGCUGGAGUACAGAGGCUAUGAUUCUGCAGGUGUGGGAGUCGAUGGCGGAAACGACAAGGACUGGGAAGCUAAUGCUUGCAAAAUCCAGAUUAUCAAACAGACGGGGAAAGUGAAGGCUCUGGGCGAAGAAGUUUACAAGCAACAGGACAUGGACCUCGACAUCGAGUUUGACGUACAUCUUGGAAUUGCCCAUACCCGUUGGGCUACCCACGGCGAGCCCAACCCUAUCAACAGCCACCCGCAGCGCUCGGAUAAAAACAACG